AUGGAGAACAGGAAGAAAAUGCUGGUAGAAGCCCCUGAUAAUGUCAACCCCAAGAGCAGGAAAUGCGGAGAGAUUCCUCCCCUUUCUGCCAAGCAAGAGAGCUGGCCUCACAUGACCCCUUUGCCUCCAUCCUUGCACAAACAGCUUUUACAGAAGACUCUCCAAGAGGAGAAAUGGGCCUUGCAAGAAGAAAUCAAGCUGUUCUGGAGAAAAAAACAGGAAAAAAACAGGGCCCUGUGAGUGGAAAUCAAAACUUUCUGGGAGGAUAACAAAACCAAGACCUUAUGGGAGGAAAUAUGCAACUUCAAACUGAGGAACAAGGCAUUCUUGGAGGAGAUGAAGAACUACUUGGAAGAGUGGGGACUUUUAGUGAUGGAGACCAAGCACUUCUGGAGGAAAGAGCUGGACUUCAUGGAAAAGGUGGGAGCUGUUCAGGAGGAGAUUGAGGCCUUAAAAGAGAAGAUCAAGGCCAUGGUGGAAGAGGUUGCUUCCUUUGAGGAGAGGACUGAAUCUUUACAAACUGUGGUGAAGGCCUUCCAGGUCAAGAACCAGGAGUUCUGGGAAACCAACAAGGCCAUGCAAGAGAAGAACAAAUCACUGCAGGAGAAGAUGGAAGCCCUCGAGCAGAAGAACGUGGCCUACUGGAAGGAAUGCAGGGCCUUCUGGAAGAAGGACAAGGUCUUCUGGGAAGAGGGUGUGGCCAUCUCCAGAGACAUGAUGGUCCUCUGUGAGGAAUACAUUGCUUUGAUAGAGAACAACCAAGACCUCCAAGGAGAAAAGGCAGGGAUGUGGGAAACGAUAAAAGCCCUUUGGGAUGCCAAGUAUUCCAUAUGUAAAGACAUCAGUGGGUUUCUGGAAGAACAGUCACAGGAUGUUGAAGGUGGCACGGUUGAGAAUGGAGCCUACGGAGAUCACGACACCCCAUCUGGGGAGCUGAAAAUCUGUGGUUGA